CCGGUCGUCGUGGCAACGGGACGCGGUGCCGGGCGGUCGUGAGGGCCGCAGCCGCCGCCGCCGCCGUCGUCGUCGUCAGUCAUGUCGGAGAUCUUGUGCGAGUGGCUGAACGAGGAGGUGAAGCUCUCCCGGAGCGUGGUUCCAGGAUCAUUUUCAGAAGAAUUUUCUACUGGCUACCUCCUAGGAGAACUUCUACACAAAUACGGUCUUCAGGAUGACUUUAAUCAAUUUUCACAGAGCAGGGUUGCAAAUGCAAAACUUAACAAUUUUUCUCGCCUGGAGCCCACGCUUCACCUCCUUGGUGUACAGUUUAAUGAGAACGUGGCCCAAGACAUCAUGACAGGACAGCAUGGGGCUGCAACAAAGCUUUUAUAUGAAUUGUAUAUUGCUUUAGAAAAAAAGAGAAAGGAAAAGCUCACUGGAGUAGCCAUGGAAGCAAUGAGACCUGCAGCAACUGCAAAGCUUAAGUCUAUUGAAAGUGUUUUGUAUCGAGAGCGUUUGAAAACUUUAACGCCACGUCAGGCUGAUUUACAACUACAGCAGAUUUCAGACCAUUUUGAAAUAAAAUCUAAGGCAGUAGAAGAUAAAAUAGCUCGUAUACAUAUUGCAGAGCAACAGAAAGUUCAGAAGCUCCAAGAGGAACAAAAAGCCCAAGACAUUGAAAAGCAUCGCAUAGGAAGAAGGAGACAAAAUGAAAUAAUGGCCAGGAUUCAAGCAGCCAUUAUACAAAUUCCAAAGCCACCGCCAAGCCACACCAUGAAAGCUAUUGAAGCCAAACAACUCUUAAAGAAGAAAAGAGAAGCAGAGGACACAUACAAGAAUAUUAAAAAAUUUGAGAAGUCUUUGGCAGGAAAUGCUUCUGCAGUACACAGCCAAGUCACUGGCAGCAAUAUAAAAGAAUCAUUGCAAACACAGAAGUUGCAAGAAACAACUCGAGAAAUUACAACACAGACAGCAACUGAGCUGUUAGGUAUUUAUUCAGAUGAUGAUUAUAUAAGAAAAAUUCAAAAACGUUUAGAGGAAGAUACGUUUGCUAGAGAACAACGAGAAAAGAGACGACGAAAAAUGCUAAUGGCACAGUUAAUAGCACAUGAAGCUGAAGAGGAGGCUUACCGGGAGGAGCAACUUAUUUAUAGACUAAUGAGACAGUCUCAGCAGGAACGGAGGAUUGCUGUUCAACUCAUGCAUGUUCGACAUGAAAAAGAGGUGUUAAGGCAAAACAGAAUUUUCAGGGAAAAACAAUAUGAAGAAAGACGACUGAAAGAGUUCCAGGAAGCUCUUGAUAGAGAAGCGGCUCUUGCAAAACAAGAAAAAAUUGAUUAUGAAGAACAAAUUAUCAAAGAAAGAGAAUGUCAUGAGAAAAUUGCCAUUGAAAGAGCUCAGGCACGUUAUAAAAAGCAUUAUUCUGUAUGUUGGGAAGUGAUGAACCAAAUCAUUGAUUUGUCAACAAAAGUAGGAGAAUAUCGUCUACUGACAAACAACAGAAUUCCAUUAAAAUUGAUGCUUGAUUGGAAGGAAUUUUUUUUUAAUGGAAAACCAAUGUAUGAACAAGCCUCAAUUCAACCUUUGCCAAAUGAACCAAACCCAGAACAACUUGUAGAGCUGAAUAAACUGAAUCUGUUAGAUGAAAAAGAUUAUGGUGAAUACAAGAGUAUGACAGGGGAAUGGUGCCCAACUGAAGAGAACAGUGAAAACAAACCUCCUCUUAAUAAUAACAUACUGGGUCAUGUGCUUCGUAGACUGAUGGAGAUUUUCUAUCCUCCAAAACCCAAAUCUUCACCACCUUUAUUUCCUCCAUUUCCUAUCAAGGGAUGUAUUUUGGGAAAACUUUUUAGUGGAAAAACUACCUGUGCAAAGUUUAUUGAAAAAGUUUGCAAUAUUCAGGUACUAUCUGUUGAUACUCUGGUUCAGGAGGCCAUCCAAGCUUUUCUUAAAAAUGAAAUGAAAAGUGAGCACAAUGUGAUUCCACAAGAAGCAGAGAGUUCCAGGGAAAAAAAUGAGGUCCAGAAGAACUUAUCAAAAUCACCACCGAAAGUUCUAAAUAAACUCCAAACAGAAACACCUACCAAUGGAGCCAAAGGCAAUUGUCCUGUCAAAAAGGAUCCAUCUGGGCAAGAGUUUCUAUCAGAUAGCAGUCAGGAUGGCCUAUCCAAGCUAUCUGUACGUGCCCAGCUUGGUGCCGCAUCACAGAAAUUGUUGAAGAAAGGAAAAAGUAUUCCUGAUGAAUUACUAAUUGACAUCCUAUUGGAAGCCAUUAACCAAACACCACCAGAGAAGGGGUGGAUUGUGGAUGGGUUUCCAAUGACAAUUAAUCAGGCAAAACUAUUUGAAAAAGCCUAUACAGGGAUUGAUCCAGAAACAAAAGAUGAAAAUUCUGGAAAGCUUUCACUUGUUACAGAUCCCAGAGCCCCUAACAAGCCUCCUGUUACCUCACCUGCAUUUGAUGUUUCUGUAUUAUUGGAUAUUUCAGACACUGCGGUACUGAAACGUCUGGCUAAUUUGAAGUCAAAUAAAUUGAAGUCAUCUCAAACUGAACAGGAGAACAACAAUAAAAAUUCAGACGCUGAAAUCCUAGAAGAGAAGAUAAACUUAGCCAGGGACCAAGUGCUACAUAGAAUUUCAAGCUUUCUAGACACAUGGCCAAAAUUAGAGAAAUGGUUUUCAGUCCAUCAAAGUACUCUAGUUAAAGUCAAUGCAGAGACAGAAGAAAGUCUUGUGUGCGAAACAGUGAAGGAAAUUAUAAUGGAAGAAAUUGCCAAAAACCAGAAUAGAAAAGGGUCUGCUCAAGAAAUAUCACCAGGAAAAAAGCUUUUACCAGUUACACGUCAAGAUCUGCUUCCUCCCAUUCCUGUGUCACCACUGCCAAUUGAUCCAGGAUCAGAUGAAUGGAUUUAUGUAGAUGAACCACUUCCCAAGGAAAUACCUGAUUUUUUAGUACCUUACUGGGAAAUGGUAGAACAUGCAUAUAUGAAUACCAUCAAAACUAUACUUAGAUGUCUAAGGGAUGAACAGCACUCUGUGAUUUAUUACUUAGCAGACAUUAGAAAAAAAUUCCAAGAUUAUUUGAAGCAUCCAGACCUUAAGCAGGAGUUUGUAUCUCAGUGGCAAUCAGAUUAUAAUUCAAUUGCUGACGACCUGCGAGAAGAUGAGGAAACAAAAGCAGAACUACACCAAAGAGUUACUGACUUAAGAGAUCUUCUCUGGGAUAUCUGUGAUAACAGAAGGGAAGAAGCAGAGCAGGAACGUACUGAUAUCAUGAAUGAUGGCUGGCUACCAGAUCGUAGGGGGAUUGCUAUGAACCAUUUCUUUUCACUUAUGCAGGUUGAAGUGGAUCGUUUCCAAGAUACAAAGAGACUUCUUCAUGACUAUUAUAGGGCAAUGGAAGGAAAAAUCCCAACAGAAGACAUUCAAGAUUUUACUAGAAUCCCAUUGUUAGAUAUUUUUUAUGUAGAGCAGAAAGAAGAUCAAAACAAAUCAAGAAGGAUUCCUCUAGUUUCUUGGAAACUGCCUUCACCAGAAAUAAAUAUUACCAAGUCGAAAAGCAAGGGAACUCUACAGAAGAGUGCUAAGGAUGAGAAUUCUGAAAAUGGAGUGGCCACUUUUGGGAAGGAUGAAAAUCUUAUUACUGAUACAUGGCAAACAGCAGUAACAGCAGUAUCAAAUAUGGUAACAGCUGAAAUACAGUCUAAAGAAAUGGAGGAAGAAAAAGAACGUCAGCAGCUAGAACUGAAAGAAGAUCUGAAAUCUUCACAGACACUGUCAGGCAAAGCUGCUGGGAAAGAUGCCAAAGAUACCAAAAAGUUUUCUCCCAAAUCAGCUACUAAAAAGAAAGGACCACCUUCCACUGCAUCUGUGGUUGAAGUCAGUCCAGCUCCUAUGACCCCAGAGGAAUUAAAGAAACGAGAACUGACACUUAAGAUAAAGCAAGAAUAUUUCAGUGCUUUGAAACAUGAAGAGGUAGCCACAAAAUCUCGACUAGAACUUAUAAAAGAAAAAGCUUUAGCAUUUGUUGAAGACCUAACAAUGAAAGCAGAAGAGGCUUAUAAAGAUAUGGAAAAGUGGCUUGGAUCCAGGUUCUUAGCAGAAAUGUCCAGUGUUGAAAAGCUGAUUGAGGUUGCACGACAUCAUAUUGAGAGUUCUAGCAAAAUCCAAUAUGAAAUUACUUUAGAAGAAACAGAUUUCUUCAUCAGCAGUGAUGUAAAAGUGAUUCCUGACCCUGUUCUGUCACCGCAUGUUCCACACAUAGAGACGUCUGGAAGUGGUACUCUAACUAUUUCACAACUUAAUACACUUCAUAAGCAGUUUCUACAGGUGGCACCUAAAGUUUUGUGUUUCCUAGGAAUUUAAAGUAUUAAAGAACUGCCGACUCAUCACAGACAACUUUGUUCUAUCCUGCACACUUGGUUCUCCAUUGAAGCACAUUACUCACCAUUCUAAACACCGAUGGACAAAAAAUACAGCCUAUGCUGGACCUUCCUACCUACUGACCCAGUCUUUCAUUUGAUAAGAAAAUACUUAAAUUACUAUUUUUUUUAUUAAUCCAAGUGCCAUUGCCCAAACUCAAGGUGGCUCUGCAGUAUUUGUUGAUUUCAGUAACUUCUUUGAUCAACUUGUUGACAGUGCUUUAAAGUAUUGCCUCAGGAAUGUGCUGCUUUUUUAUAGGAAGAACUGUGGCAGGUCUUAAAUGGAGCUACUAACACUUUUUUUUCUUUUCUCUUCUACAGUCUCUUUGGAUGUGUCUGUUCUUAUCAACAAAAUUAAACUAACCAUCUAUUAGAUCUCAUCUCCUUUGAUUCCCUUUAGGACUAUAUUCUUCCUAUGACCACGUCUAUUGUCAAUUCAAUUAGCACGCAUCUGGAAUGUCUCAAUUUUCUUCUAAAGGUGCUUCAGAGAAUGCAAUUUUGGUAAUGUUUUGUAUUAUCAAACAGAUCAAAACAGAUUCUAUCCCAGACUUUUGUUCUCCGUCUUAUGACUGAAUUACACAAGGGAAUUUUAAAUUUUAUUCAUUUUUUCACAGUCAUGAUCCUCAUGAACCAUUCCAGUUUGAAUUAUAGAACUGAUUAUUCAUCAGAAAUAAAAUUCCGUCAGGUUUAAAAAACUUGUAUAUCCAAUAUCCAGAAAAUUUUUAAAAUGCUGAUUUAUGAAACUAUAAAAUAGUCUGCUAAAAUGUGAACCAGUAAAACCUAGAGGACAGGCUAUGACCAAAUUGUAUUGCUAUUUUAUUUCAAAUUCUAGAUUUGUCAAUUGAGUUUUAGUGUGUUGCUAGAUUUGGAACAGAUAGGCAGAUUAAAGUGUACAUCUAGCUUGGCUAAAAUUUUACCUUUUUAAUAGAAUAUUUUGUUGAGUGGAACAGUCAGAAUUAUAUGCUGAUCGUGAAUAAUGUCUGUAGAUUAUGCUUUCUCUUCCCAAGUGCUUUUGUAGAAACAAUUCAAGAACUUAAAAUGGUAACCCUCAUGACCUGACUUGGAUGUGAAGAGUGAAGUCCAUAUGUGAGCACAGAAAGUUCAUAAUCUCUAACUUCUCUUUUCUAAGACUAUAUUUCUUUUCAAACUUGAAAAUAAGAAAGGUUUAGUUUGUAGACAGAGGAAGUACCUUUUACUAGACAAAUGAUAUAGAUAGAAAAUGCCUAAACUUUGGGGAUAUAAAGCCCUUAAUCAGAGAUCCAGAAUAGAUAGAAUAUGUCUCCCUACAGAUAAUGGAAAAUUUGGUAAUUCUACUGACAGUUUCACUUACACGUCCUGUUAUGUCUCUUACUAAAUCAUGUAUGUUAUUUCAUUUCAGAAGUCUCUGACUGUUUGCCUAUGGUGUUCAAAAAUCUGUGUAUCCAGUUACUUUUAUGAAAGAUAUUUAAUGUUUGUGUGCAUUUGAAUAUAUAUAUACACAAGUAUUAAGACUUCAAUCAGCAUGAUUGUGCAGCAGAGGCAUAUCUUACUCUGUGUGAUUCUAAAUUUAAAAUCCCAAUUCUUGCUAAUUAGUGAAGAUUGGACAUACAACAUAGCAGAUUCAGUAAUAAUUAGUGAAUAAAUGAAGUAAAUAUUUACAGUGGAAAUCACCUGCAGAGGGUGAUGGGAAUCUCAAUAUCUUGCAGGAAAUUAAUCAUAUUUUUGCGACUCCUGUCUUUUUCAUCUAAGGACAGAAGUAUCCCAUAUUACUAGCUUUUAGACUACGAAAGUUAGAUGAAUAUGAUUCAGCCUCAGGGUUUAUUUCACUCAUUCAUCCCUUAUAGCUUUGCUACAGACUCUGGUGCGUAACUUGCAUAGAUCAUCAUCCAAACUUCUAGUCAGAAAUUGCUAUGGAAACUUUUUUCUCAGUGAAAAUGGAGAAGAACAGGAAUCUUUUGAAAUGUUUUGGUAAAAUCUGAUGAAAAGGGAGUAAAAUGUUAACAUAAUUCUCAUCACUAUUAUAGGUUUACAAUUUCUUCGUAUUUUGUUGCCUGUUUAAAUUUGUAAUCUGAAUCUUUACUACAGAUCCUCGAUUUAGGGAAAUACUUUCAUAUGUAUGAAAAUAUUCUGCUGACUCGUGUAUCAUUAAGAAAUAGUCUCAUUUGUAUAUCUGUGCCUUAUAAAUGAGGCAUGGUGGUUGCUCUUUAUUUCUUAUGUCCCUUUAAAAUGUCAGUCCUGGUUCACAGGGUACACACCUAAUGUACACUUAUCCUGCUGUCAUUCUUAACGCUCCUUUUUUAAUGUUUAUUUUUCUGUGUUCAGUUUCACUCCUGGUCAUACUCUUGAUUUCUUCACUAAUUUUUUGCAUUUGUUUAUUAUGUUUCUGCACUGGUUAUUGAAACAUGUAAAUGCUUGUCAAUGUCACCUUGUGUAUCAGUGAAUGAUGCUGACUUUUUAAAAGAUUUUCGUGAAAAACAAUUCUACAUUGUGUAGCUUUUUCUACAUUAGUUUUCCUUUUGAUUUCAUUGAUGACAAACAUUUAUGUGAAAAAGAGGUUGCUUCAGAAGUAGUAGACUGGCCUUCUUUUGUAUCCUGUGUUCUUUCCAUAGAACCACUGCAACAAGUCCCACCUUUUCCCAUGUUCCCAGUUUCCUCCCACUAGUCCUCCUGUUCCUUUUCAUGUCUGUUAGCCUCAUUUAAAAAAAAAACAACUGUUGUCUUUCUUUCAUGUCAUCUUAUCUAUGUGUUUUGCUUGCACAGCUAUGGCCAGGAUGCACUGGAUGCUGUGUGGUCUGGAACUGAGUUUAGGCUGACUUACGCCUCUUGGCCACAGAGUGGAUAAAAGCUGGUCACCUCCCUGCUUUUUCCUCAGCAGGAGUGUUUUGAGGAUCUUUCUCCUGUACCUCAGAACAGAUCUGAAAGAAAUUUAUAGGACCUUCAUAACUCUACCCUCCUGACAAACUUGUUUCAAAUUGGCCAGUGAGGGAGAACUGGCAGGCAGACAAAUUGAUUUAAAGAUAUAUAGGCAACAUAACUGCAUGACCUUAUUUCCUUAGGUAAGCAUGGUAAGAAUAUACUAGAGGGAGGAUUUGUAAUGAGUAUAAUCAUAGUUUAGAUUGGUUAUAGAGCUAAUGUGAUGAUUCAUGCCUCUUAGCUAUAUAUUUACGGCUCUCACACUCUGUAGGAUAUGCUGUCUUUCUAAAGACAAAUACAACUGAUCACUUAUAAACACAUGAUGUCCCAAACAUAUUUUUCUAAGAGUUUAAACCCUUGUGUUUUGAAAUAAAAAAAUUCAAAACUUGAAAAAUGUUGGUGACUGAAGGUCCAUCUUACAGGGAAUCUUAUCCCUGACAGUGAUUCACAGAUUCUACUCUGAUCCCCAUUUUUCUAAUCAACAGCAAAUUUCUACAGGUGCCCAUACACCUGAAAAAGCAGUAGGCACUACAAAGGUGUUACAACCAUUUUGUACCUUCCACCCUCUGACUUCUGCAGUUUCAAAUCCAUUAAUCCUGUCCCCCACCUCUUUUUCACCUUUUCUUGCAGUUUGUGGCUGCCUAAUGUUAGGGAAUAUUUUUAAUCUUUACUGUAUUGUUAAGAAAGCUUCUCCCCCUCUCUUUUUGGUCCUGGGUAUCGUACUUGGGCACAUAUCAGAAAAAACUUCUGUGGUCUGGUUGUUUUUGUUGUCCAUUUGGACCACAGCUGCUACCUCAGAUUUAAAGUCCUUUAAAAGAAUCACUCAUAAUGGAAAUGUAUUUAAACUGCAUGUUCCUAACAUUUUUUAAUGUUAUGGCCUUUCUGGAUGCUCAGAAUAGAAUGGAACAGACAAACUCUCAUUUUUAUGACAAUGGGAACAAACAAACAGUUCUCACAAAUUGUGUAAUGCAUAUAUGAAAAUUUGGCCCUUCUUGUAAAAUAGAGAAGAGUGGGGUACAGGGACUCUUUUUCUUAAGGCCUUUUAAAGCACCAGAAAAGGCAUUUCUUUCUAUGAUUAUUUUAAUGCAAUUGUUAAUUUUGCCCCUUGAUGUACACAUCACAACAAGGAGGUUGGGGAGUCAGAUUGUUCUUAGGUCAUUUCCUCACUGCUUUACUUCUGCUAUUUCCCAAUGAAUAGAUUUUUAGUUUUAUUGCCUCAGUUCUUUAUGGAAAUUGCCUUCAUUAUUUGACUGCUUUCUUUUCAAAGUCAUGAACUUAUGGCAACAGUGUACUAAAAGAAUCAUUAAAUCACUUGCCAAAAGUAGGAGAUUCAUGAGCUCUAGAGAGAAAAUUUUCAAAAACAUCAGUUUAUGGCAUUCAGUCCUACAAAAUAUAAGAAUUACCAUCUUGAGAACAAUUUGGGAAAAUAAUAUUGAGAACAAUCUCAAUGCUUUAAGAAUGUUUCCAUUUUGAGAACAAAAUGUGAAGCUUAUACAGUUCCUCUUUCUCAAAACAGUAAUAAAAUCAUUCUGCAGAUAAAUAUAUUUUAAGAAGAUAAGAUCAGCUACAUAUGCCAUAGAACAUCUUAUGCAUUCUGUGACAGGUAUUUGAUUAUGUAUUUACAGACUUGCUCCAAGUUAACUUUUCUGUUAAUGUCAGGUGUAGUGGGCAUCGUAAUAGGUUUGUGACUUCAGUAGUAUCUUUGGGAGACAUUUUGCCUGAAAGACUGUUCUGAAUUCCACUCCCUAACUCUGUUUUUCUGUGUUUCAAAAAUGGUAUUGAUGCUUCUGCAUUUUACUGAUUGCAUAUUCUGACAAACUUCUGGUAGUCAAAAGGAAGUUGGAGUCAAAACUGACCAUUUCUUACAAGGGUUCUGGGUAGCCUCCAAGUGACGUGAGAGUAGAUCUCAGUUUUCCUUGUUCUCUUUUAUGGCUGUUUAUUUCAAGUCACAUUCUAGUCUCAAAUUAACAAAAUAAAUAUGGA